AUGUCGACCAGCAGCAGUCCAGUGUAUCUGAUUGGUGUGGAUGUUGGAACGGGCAGUGCACGGGCGGCACUGGUUACCGGCAAGGGGGAAGUGCUGCAGACCUGCGUGAAGCCGAUACAAACCUGGAACACGCAGCCAAACUACUACGAACAAUCGUCGGACGAUAUUUGGUCAGCGGUUUGCGAGUGUGUCAAGAACGUUACCUCCGGAUAUGCGAAGGAGCAGAUUAAAGGCAUCGGGUUCGAUGCCACCUGUUCACUCGUUGUUCUCGAUGGCCAGAUGCAACCGCUAACCGUCUGCCCGUCCUCGAAGGACAACCAGCGCAACGUGAUCCUCUGGAUGGACCAUCGGGCGGAGGAGGAGGCCCGCUUCAUCAACGCAACGCACCACCAAAUGCUCAACUACGUCGGGGGCAGCAUUUCGCUCGAGAUGGAAGUGCCGAAGCUGCUGUGGCUCAAGCGAAACAUGCACGACGCGGUGUGGACGAAGGUCGGGGCAUUUUACGACCUUCCCGACUACCUGACAUUCCGUGCCACUGGUGCCGAUUGCCGAUCGAUUUGCUCGGCCGUCUGCAAAUGGAACUACGAUGCAGAGGAUCGAUGCUGGUCGGAAGAUUUCCUACAAACGAUCGGUUUGGUCGAUGAUCUACGCGUCGACAGCUGGGGGCUGAUUGGGACGCACGUUGCAAACCCGGGUGCAGCGAUCGACGGAGGACUUUCGCGGCAAGCGGCCCAAGAGCUGGGGUUAAACCCUGGCACGGCAGUUGCUAGUUCGAUGAUCGAUGCUCAUGCGGGAGCGUUGGCACUGCUCGGCUGCGAAGGACCUCCGGGAAGAGCGGGUGAUGGCGGCAGUCUCACCUCCAAGAUGGCCAUCAUUUGCGGAACGUCCUCGUGCCAUAUGAGUCUUACCAAGCGACCGGUACUGGCUCCAGGGAUAUGGGGCCCGUACAAGCAUGCGAUCAUCCCGGAUCUGUACCUGAACGAGGCAGGCCAGAGUGCGACGGGCGUACUGAUCGAUUACAUGCUUCAAACGCACCCGUGCUACGACCAGCUGCUUAAAGAGCACGGCGGUUCCAAUGGGAAGAUUUAUGCCUUUCUCAACACAUUCCUAGAUGAGUUGGCAAAAAAGCAGGGUGAAAGUUCCGUUCACCGACUAACGAUCGAUCUGCACGUUUGGCCCGACUUUCACGGCAAUCGGUCGCCUCUGGCCGAUCCUAAUCUGAAGGGUAUGAUAUCGGGUCUAACGAUGACGAAGGAUGUGCAAAACUUGGCGCUUAUUUAUCUUGCUCUCAUGCAAGCACUAGCGUACGGAACACGACACAUACUACAGGUGCUGGAAGCUUCUGGACGCGAACCAAUCACGUCGAUACUGCUGUGCGGUGGUUUAAGCAAGAAUUCUCUCUUUGUACAAACGCAUGCCGACAUUUGUUCUGUUCCAGUGCUGCUGCCCAGCGAACCGGAAGCUGUACUGCUCGGUUCGGCAAUGAUGGGAGCGUAUGCGGCUGGGCUAUACGAUAGUUUGGAGCUAGCAGCAAGUGGCAUGGGCGGUAGUGCUGUGGUGGUCAAACCGGACCUGAGGGACAGCACUCGCGACUAUCACGAGCGAAAGUAUCGCGUUUUCCAACGGAUGUACCUGGACCAGCGUGGCUAUGAACGUAUUAUGAAAGGUUAACUAAGCCGUUUCGUCAUCGCAAUCAUUCCACGUUAAACGCUUGCCAUUCCGAGCCCAACCUUUGCGCAAUAUAUUAUCAACGUAUCUUUAGUAAGUAACACACAGUAAGCCAUUGUCAGGUGCAAAGUUAAAAGUAAACAUCUGGUAACUACAUUUACAAUGCGCACAGUUACGAAAUAAACGCGGCCGCUUUGGUUUCGAUCACCGUUCGGCACACCGGA